CCGGGCUGGAAGCACCGCCCCGGGCGGGUUUCCCCAGCGGUGCCGGGCUGGGGCCGCCAUGGAGGGCCCGGGGCCCGGGUCGGGGUCGAGCUCGAGCUCGGGGCUCGCGGGGCGGCCGCUGACGGAGGACGAGAUGGCGGAGGUGAAGAAGGAUGCUUUAGAAAGGAUGCGUCCUUACCUGUGUGAUAAAAUCAUAGCCGAGAGACACUUUGAUUACCUGCGUUCAAAGAAAAUACUCACUCGAGAGGACACUGAAGAAAUUUCUGCUCGAUCUUCCAGCAGGAAAAAAACUGGGAAGUUAUUGGACUACUUAGCAGAAAACCCAAAGGGACUAGAUGCUUUGAUUGAAUCUAUCAGACGAGAAAGAACACAAAACUUCCUGUUACAAAAGAUAACUGAUGUAGUGUUGAAAGUCAAAAAUGAAAAGCUUGAAGCUCUCAAAGGUCUAAGCUGCAGCACCUGUAUGACCUCACUGUACGGAGGAACAAAUAAUCUUUCUAGAUCAUUUUCUGAUGAAUCAAAUUUUUUUGAUAAAACAAAAGACAAAGAGUCUACCCAGAUACAUCAUCCAGAAGAAGAUUAUAGCACUGCCGCUUUUGUGUCCGCUGUCUCUCUUCAUUCAAUGAAUUUACCAAUUGCAGAGAUGGGAAAUUCACAGAGCACUGUUUUCUCAGCCACCCUCCCGGGGCCUGGAGACCCAGGUGCACCCCCUCUCCCCCCAGAGCUCCAGUCAGACCAGCAAGAUCCAUGUACUAGUUCAAGUGACAAUUGCUUUUUGCCUUUAAGAUCACGUUCUCUUCAACCACAGUGAAUGUAGUGACGUUGGUAUGUUCAUCCAAAUGGUACUGAAACUUUGUGUGAUGUCUCAUACAGGUUAAAAAGAUGUUGUUUUGAAACUGUUAGCAAAAUCGGAGGAAACAAUAUAUAAUCUAUGCAUUUUCUGUUUUAAGUCUUAUUUUGUAAUUGUAUGGCUCUGGAGCUGCUUGAUUUUUUUUUUUGGUUUUGUUUUGGUUUUGUUUUGUUUUGUUUUCCUUUAGGGAGCUUUUUUUCAAAAUAUCUUGGUACUAUACCAGCAAAGGUUUGUUUUUUAAACCAACGUGUAUAAGAUUUCACAUGUAGCUGCAGAUAUUUAUGCUAGAAUUAUAGAACAAAUGGGAUUUUUCUUCCUACAGAAACUAACAAGUCAGCUUUUCUUAGUGUUUCUGUAGUGGGUGAAUUGGGAAAGAUAGUUAGGAAAAGUAGUGAGUAUGGAAAAACAAAAAAUAACUUUCCAAACUAAAAGCUUAAGCUUACUUACCAAAAAGGUUAAACUCAUUUACCAAGUUAAAUGUUUCUCAGUAGGAUAAUUUCCUGCUCUCCAUGUAUGUGUGUGCAGCUCCAUUUGCUAAAAACCUUACAAAUCUGGCCAAAUCUGUAGGUAUGCUUAUUUGCAAGGAGUCUCUUCAUUGUCUGAACUUUGUCCUAUUGGUAAACCAAAAGGCACUGGAUAUCAAAAAUAUACUUCUGCAAGUCUUGACAUGUUAUUCUUGUAUAUUAGUUUGAGAUUCCUGAUUCGAGAUGCACUUUAAAUAUAAAUUCUCAUUAGUACUGGAAAAAGGAUGUAAACUGCUGUAACAGCAUCAUGAGGGCUGUAAGAAAAUGUUAUUGUAGGAUGCUUUUAAGGAGCAAAGCUUAUAUGUUUUGUCUCAGUAGGGAAAAGUGGAGAAGUCCUGUAACAAGAAAGUAUCCAUACUUGAGGACUUCUGGAAAUGUGGCACUUCAGAUACCUCCUUUUCAAAGCAGACAGACAGGUUUACAUUUCAAAUUGUUUAGAGUCAAAUGCAUUUUAAACUGCUUCAACAUGGGAAGGUUCUCAUUUCUUGACACAGUGUAACAUACUGUAUUCCUCUCACACUCUCGAGUUGUAAUCUGCCUUUAAUGCAGGUGGCCUAUAAUAAUUUUAAAAUUAGGUAAAAUCUUACUUGGACAUGUGUACAGUUGUGUUCUGUGAUACUACACUUAAAAAUGAUGGGAUGUUUUCAGUAUAUCAAAGGGUAGGAUUGUAUUUAAGGCCCUAAAUUAUUUUGGCCCUCAUACUGUGCUAUAGCCAUAUAAUUCCAUUUAAAUUCACAACGAGGUAAUAUUCCUAAACUCCUCUCCUUUUGUGUAGACAGGUCAUCUGUGGGACCUCAAUAUAGUCUCUAUAAAUUGCUUUUCAUUACUACUCUGGUUUUGGAAGUAAGUGAAAAUAAACUGCAAUGUUCAACUACACUCCAUACCGAGUGUAUGAAUAGCUUACAUCUGAUAAUGAUGUGUUUAUAAGAAUCCUUGUUUUUCUUGUAUGCAUCUACAGUCAUAGACUGUCAGGACGGUGAAAGUGCUUUUCAGUGAAACUGCCUGGAUGAGAUGGCACUCUGGAAGUUAAGUGCCUAAAUAUGCAAGCAAAACUUUGCUCUCUAACACAAAAUUAAGGGUAGGUUGAAAUCCCUCUCUUCCAUUAACUUGUACGGUAGUUGCACUUACUCGAGAUGUCUAAAAAGUGAUUCAUCUAAAUGCCCCCUGUAACCACUUGAAGAGCUGUGCUUAGGUUUGGGUCCCUUCCUGGAUUCUUUUAAAGGGAGGAGAGCGAGCAAGCUUGGCCUUAACAGAGAAAGUGCCUCAGCUCAGGGUGGAGGCUGCCUUGCAGCUCUCACCUCACACUGGGGUGUGCCACCCACCCAGCAUGCAGCCUGCAGGAAGCCUACCCUACAGGGGCUGCUCCCUGGGAAGCUACUGACCUGAGACCUUGAAUGAAUGUAUUAUCCUACCAAAUGUUUAUAGCGUGCAUUUUGUAAAAAUAUUUUUAUCACAACUUUUGGAAUAAAUUCUUUUGUAUAGUUA